AUGAUGUGUUUUAUGGACCCAGACUGUGUCAGUAUUAAUCUUGAGAAACGACCAGAUGUGAAUGGAAACUACAAAUGUGAACUGAAUAAUGCUACCCACGAAGGGCGUGUACACGAGUUGAGGUCAAACACGAAUUUCUCUUACCAUGCAGUAGAGGUGAAUGUCUCAUUACUACUUACUUACGUUAAGAAUCUUGUUCGCUGUUACUCUGUUGCAAUGAUAUUUGUUGGUUUGUUUCGAUUCUUUCAAAUGUCGCGAAAUCAUGUUUUCAUCCUGGGAAGAAAAAAAUCACUUCAUUUACUAUCUUUUUGAAUCCCUUUCCUUGAUAUUUGUUGCGGUACAAACUAUUGAGAGCUAAAUCAAAACGUGAACUUUAUUAGCAAAGUAGAUUACUGGGGAUGUAAAUAAAGCAGAAAUAUGAAUAGGAAACUUUCGGUUUCGAAGGGGUAACGUUUUUCACUGAAAUUGCCUUUCUGCGUUAGAGCGCUUGUGUGGGAAACCCUUGCAAAAACAACGGUACAUGCCAGAGCGGUUUUAAUGAAGAAGGUUUUCGCUGUCUGUGUCCAGCUGGAUUUAAAGGAAAGAAUUGUGAGGCCGAUUUUAAUACAGGUAAAUAAUACAAUCAUUACUUCAUUUGGCAUUUAGGGUUAGGUUCCUUUUCAGGAAAAUGAAAUGGUUACUGACCUUGUGUUGGACAGUCGAUUCUUUAAGCAACAAACGGCACUUUCUACCUGUUUACUUUCAGUUAACUUUCUAUCGCCACCUCCUCGUGAUUAACAAUAGUUCCGAUUGUUCUUCAACAACUCAAGUGGGUUACUACGGCGGUAAACCGAUAUAAAGUGCGGUCUGUUGCUUUUAUGGAAUAACUAUGGCUUUACCGGUGCGAUAAACGAUAGGUUUUUGACCAAUCAGGAGCUGUAGUAUUUCAGUUAUUUUAUCAAAGUUAUUAAGUUUUCCUUCUUCAUAGACAGAACACUGAAACAGUCCUUUUAUCUGACCAUUCUUUAUUGAUUAAUUUACUUGUUCAAGCGUUUUCGUUUGUUUCUUAUUUUAAUUUGAUAAUUAUUGAAAAGAAAAUAAAUAAGCGGUGUGAGCGACCAUACAAAGACUUUAUGAUGUAAAAUCAGAUAGAUGGCGGGUCACUAGACGACUUACAAGUAGUUCUAUUAUUAAUGAUUGAAUAUUUCAUUCUUUCAGACAUUGAUGAAUGUGUUGAAGGGUUACACAACUGCAGUAUUGAUGCCUUUUGCAACAAUACCAACGGGUCGUACAACUGUACAUGUAAACCUGGAUUCGUUGGAAAUGGCCGAGACUGCGAAGGUUCAGUUCUCAGCAUUACGACUUAGGUUACCGAGAAACUAUUAAGAUUUUGUCAAAAUCAAAAUAAUUAAUGAGGAAAAAACUUUACUUUUACAAGUUGAUCAUCUGCUGUUUUCUUUUUUCAUUUAUUUUAGACAUCAACGAGUGUGUUACGCAUUUACAUAAUUGCAGUCAAAAUGCAAUUUGCCACAAUACCAAAGGAUCCCACACCUGUACUUGCAAACCUGGAUUUACAGGAAAUGGGCACAAAUGCGAAGGUAAUCGAUUGUUUCCUGGAACAAAACUAAUCUACAAAAAGGUUCAAAAGGCUUUCACGAAUAGAGACAAAAAAUUUUUAAGCAUAGAAAUGCAGCGUAGAAGAAGAGUGAAAUCAACCCUAACAGACAGAAGUAGCAAAAAACCGCACGCAAACCGCACGGUUUGCUUGAGAACCGAAGUUUACCUUUUUUCUGAUCGGGAUAUAAGUAUCUAGUUGAUUAGUGAAAAGAUCUAAGGGUUUUAUUUUCAGAAAGUACCGUUGGGGCUAAACGAACUGGCUGAUGCAUUUAAGAAACAAAUAUGAUAUGUCAGUGUAAACCAAAUAAACGUUCAAAACAAACAAAGAUACAAAAUCAAACAAAAGCUUUGUCAUGAAAAUGAAAAAUGAGCAGGUGGGUGUUAGUUGAGCUGGUAACUAAACUUGUAGGUAAUGGGUGAGAUGCUGUAAUUCAGCCGUUUGUCAAUUACACUAUUUCCGUUGUUGGUUUUGAUGUUUGUGUUCAUGUUUGUUUUAAUGUUUUUAGAUAUUGACGAGUGUGCUGAAGGGUCAUAUAACUGCAGUCUUAAUGCCUUCUGUGAUAAUACCGAAGGAUCGUACAAUUGCGACUGUAAGCCCGGAUUCACCGGAAAUGGCCGAGAAUGCGAACGUAAGUAAAUCAAAACAUUUUCUUUGGGAAAAAUAACGGUAGUGAAGGUUUGCUUGAGAACCCAAGUUUACCUUUUGAACGUUUCAACCGAAAACGUAAAGCUGUCUCAAAGUUACUUAAGUUACUUGAUUCCUAGGCAAGGAGUAAAGGAUACCUGUCAUGAAAAAUAACGAGUACUCCUCGUCUCGUAUGGGAGGGCGAAUUAUGGAAUUUAGUCUAAAUCUGGGUUUUCAGGAUCAACUGAAAGCAGCCACUCAGGAUUGACCAAUCUGUAGAGUUAAGGGGGCUUUAAUUCCUUCCAAAUAAUUUUGAUCAUGUCUGUGCUUCGCUUUAACUCAACUACUGUUCUAGUAUGAAAUACGGAACCGUAAAGGUGAUAGUUAGAAGCCGUUGCUGGGUAACGUUGAAGACAAAAAUUUUUUGAUAAAAGUUUUAAUAAUAACUGAAAAAUAUUUUUGGAAACGGCCACAAUUACUCGACGACGAGAAGUAGAAUAAAUUUGUCAAACUUGUGUGAGACACCUGAAAAGCUGCAAUUACUAAGGACGGGCAUGAUCAACAUUGGUUGGAAAUUUUUGCAUUUUCCCCCUUUGCUUUUUCUGAUUUAACGUAAACAAUGGUUGUUUAAAUAGUAUUGUAGUGUAAAUACCUCUAGUGUAUUGUAUAAGGUAUUAUUUUAGCAUUAUUAAAAAUUAGUUUUAGCAAGAAGGAUGGAAAUAUCGUCGGAGGUAUUAACUUAUAAACGCUCAACUGACUUCGAUUUUAACGAAUGGUGUGAGGAAUGUGAUCGCGUAUCACGGCUAUAAAUUCAGAAUUGCUUGUCAGAUAUUAAUUUUUAAAUUUUAAUUGCAUAGUCACUAUAAUUGUGUCGCCAAAAAACUAAAAAUUGACAGUUUCUUAUAAUCGCAAUCAUCUUUUCGUUUUGCAGCUUGGAGGUGUAAGCAUGAAUAUCAUCAGCAAAUGUGAGUAAAAUGGAAAGUUGAUGACGAUUCACAAAUUUACCGACAGUUAAAAAGUUUACCUUAAGUUUUUUCGUACCUUCUAGUUUGUUUCUCUUCUUUGAGUGGGUUUGCUGUUGCUAUUUUAAUCAUAAUCGUUGUUUUUGUUGUUGUUUUUUUUCUCUUUUUAAUAAGUAGCGUUCAACGUCAGGAGACCCAAAGCCCCAUACAAAUUGCGUCAAAUAAUUUUGAAAAUGACAAUCUCAUUCUACGCACAUAGCAAUCCUUUCCUUUUCACUUAAGUAAACGAUUGAAUUAUUUACUGUCGAUCAUCAACGGCGGAGAUGCUUCAAUGCAGCCGGCGUAUCGAGGACAACUCUGAGCCAUUGUGUAACUCUUGGGCUUCUAAACUUCUUUUAAGUAAAAAAAACAAAAACAAAAACAAAAACAUAAACUAAUGUUAUUGUUUAUUUUAAUGAAAAGGACGCUUGAGAGUGGUGUGGUGACACUCCUUCUUGACUCAAACCCAGUUCCCGUUUUUUGCCACAUGGGAGAUUUUGGAUGUGGAGAUGGAGGUUGGACACCAGUCAUGAAGAUUGACGGCAGCAAGGUGUUUUUAUUUGUUGUUUUCUUGUUUUAUGUCUUAUUUUUUUCAUGUAUAUGUAGAAACAACGAACUUUUAAAACACACCUUGACUUCUUCUUCAUCGUCCCAUUAUGAUCGUUUGACGCUGCUCAAAUGGUCACUUAAUUGGUAUUACUGAUACUUGUAUUCACCUUUAAUUUCCUUCAGAGGGAGCUUCAGAGCUCCUGAUUACACGUGAUCUGCACUUUUACAAAGUAUACGAGACAAAGAUGGUUUAAUAGCGAUAAUGGCUAGCUGUAAUACUAAACAUGUUGGGUUUUUUCUCUGAACCACCUUACACAGUGCAAAUUGCUGCAUAACUUGGAGUUUGAACUAUAAGGAAUAGCCCCAUUCUGUUCACUCGUCCUACAAAUCUUUAAUCUUAAGAAACACACCGAUUUUCUUUCAUUGAUGAUAAUGAAUGGGAAACAUAUCAAGCAUUUCUUACAUGUUCUUAUGGAAAGAGUGAGUCCACUGCAAUUUUUGAUGAUCUAGACUGGUUCUCUCACUGUGUCCGCGCGCUCUAAAAAUCAAAUCAACAUAUCAAAUCAACUGAUCGACUGAUGACAAGUCAGAGUCAAUGCUCCAGUUUUUCGAUAAACGUAGCUAUUCUGUUUCUGUCGUUGUUUCACUCUCACAUUUCACCCUCACAACCACGCAGUUAAAUCUAUCGUUAUUAGAAACUUUCAAUUAGUUCAAAUUUAUUCAGACACUGGUACUAUCUUUUCGCAACCUCCACUAAUUUCAUUCAAACGCCACUAAAACAUAGGCCACUCUUCAGUCAGAAGUUUAUUACAAGUUAAUAACCAAUUUGGAACUUUGGAACGCACUCGCACACGAUACAAAACCUCACCUUUCAUCCAUAUGCAUAACGUAGAGAAAACGUCGAGACCUGAGAGAUCCAUUAAGAUUACUGGUCACUUCACGUGCACUCUACUAAUGCCAUAACUAGCACUAGUUGCAAAAAGUUAUACAUUGGUGAAACAAGAAGACGACUUGAUGACCGAUUUCGAGAACACCUUCGCGACCUAGAAAGAAAUGACAAGGACGCUUUCAAACCAGUCACUAGAUCUCUCCUAUCAUUCCAAGCAGCAUGUGGCAGUUUGCGGCCUUGCCCUACAUCUAGGCAGUUCGGAAAGCCGCAAAACUCUGGAACAAAAAUUUUUCUUUCAAAUCGGCCCUCCGCUUUUCAUUCAACUAAUUUUCUUCUUGUUUUUCUCAUUACCAUGUUCCCACCGAUAGCGUAGCUCGAUUUUCUGCAUAUAGACACGAAAACAACCCACAAUUUCUCCGUUCGCUCUGACGAAGGGCUAACGCUCGAAACGUCAGCUUUGAAGCUCUUAACGAUGGCCAUUUUACGUUAAAAACUCAGUUGAUAAUACCAAUUUACCUUGUUAUACUCUCUCACCGACGCAGCACCACAGUUUUUUCAGAAACUUAUUCCCCUUUAAUCAAUUUAAACCGUAGCUUUUCUUUGAAACCUACUUUAAUUUUGACGUGUCAAUCAGUUUCAAUCUGGUUGGUUCGUUAAUGCGAUAAAUAUUACAAAAGAAAUGAACGUAAGUUUUGGAAUUCUCUCCUAGUCAACGUUUGUUUAUAACAGUUCUCACUGGAGCGAUUACACAGAAUACAAUCUCCCUGGAGGAGAAACUGGAUUCGACAGACAGGAAACCAAGUUAUCAACCUACUGGAAUACUCCCUUCUCUCAAAUCUGUCUAGGAAUGGAUAUCGGCCAACAGCCCAAAUUCAUUGUCAUCAAUAAGCAAUCUGAAUCUCUGUACUCACUGAUCGCUGACGGACAAUACCGCCCUACUUCACUGGGUCGUGACCACUGGAAGACGCUGCUUGGUUCUGAGGCCUCUUUGCAGUAUAAUUGUAACCAGGAAGGGUUCAACGCAGGAGGUCACGAGGAGCGUUACUCCAAAGCUCGAAUUGGUAUCGCUAGCAACAACGAGAACCACUGUUCCUCAUGCAACUCGAGGAUCGGAUUCGGUACAGGAGGGAGACCUGAUGACUCAAACAGUUGUGGAAACGAAGCGGAAAAUUACUCUACAGAUAAUGGAGAGAACCACAUCAAAGCCAUGGGAUAUAUCAUGGUACAAUGA